AUGGUAGAAGCCAGCGAUGGAAGCAUGGAGGAGAAGGUCAUCAACGAGGAGUACAAAAUUUGGAAGAAAAACACUCCAUUCUUGUAUGACAUGGUAAUGACACACGCUUUGGAAUGGCCAAGCUUAACAGUACAAUGGUUACCAGAUAUACAGAAGGCGGAAAAUGGUGAUUACACUACACAGCGACUGAUUCUUGGAACUCACACAUCAGAUGAGCAAAAUCACUUACUAAUUAGUAAGAUUCAGCUGCCGACUGAUGACGCUCAGUUUGAUGCCUCUCGAUACGACACUGAAAAAGGAGGUCUGUUCGUAAAAGCGACCAUCAAGAGCGUGAGUUUCACUGGAUUCCUUCUAGAGUUCGGUGGCUUUGGUGCUAUUACUGGUAAAGUGGAGACAGAAAUCAAAAUCAACCAUGACGGUGAGGUCAACCGAGCGCGGUACAUGCCACAAAACCCUGUUAUAAUCGCGACGAAAUCGCCUAGCGCUGAGGUGUUCGUUUUCGACUAUACUAAGCACUCUUCUGUGCCAAAGGAUAAUCAGUGCAAACCACAGCUGCGACUUCGUGGACACACUAAAGAAGGUUAUGGACUGUCAUGGAACCCAAACAAACAAGGACAUAUCCUUUCCGCAUCUGAUGAUAUGACAGUCUGCCUCUGGGAUGUACAAGCAAACGAAGUCAGUGCUGGAUACUUGGAUGCAAAAACAAUUUUCAAAGGUCAUACUGCGGUGGUUGAAGAUGUUGCUUGGCAUGUGCUGCAUGAAGCAGUAUUCGGCUCUGUUGGUGAUGAUCACAAAUUGAUGAUCUGGGAUAUCCGUGGAAGUCAGCCAGCACACACUGUCGAUGCUCAUUCAGCUGAAGUCAACUGCUUGUCGUUCAAUCCUUACUCAGAGUUUAUCCUCGCCACUGGAAGUGCUGAUAAGGCAAGUUUCUGGUGGUUUAAAACUGUUGCCCUAUGGGAUUUGCGAAACAUGAAACUCAAAUUGCAUUCAUUUGAAUCGCACAAGGACGAAAUCUUCCAAGUCCAAUGGAGCCCGCAUAAUGAGACUAUCUUGGCUAGCAGCGGAACCGAUAGGAGGCUUCAUGUUUGGGAUCUAUCGAAGAUUGGCGAGGAACAGAUUCCUGAAGAUGCUGAGGAUGGUCCACCUGAGCUUCUUUUCAUUCAUGGUGGUCACACAGCAAAAAUUAGCGACUUCUCUUGGAAUCCUAAUGAGCCAUGGGUAGUAUGUAGCGUUUCGGAGGAUAACAUCAUGCAGGUUUGGCAAAUGGCAGACAAUAUAUACAACGAAGGAGAAGAAGAAACACCUGCUGAGCAACUGGAGCGAUAA